AGGUCAUUUCUUCAGUGAGUGCUACCUGACAUCUUGUCAUUACUUUCUCAAAGCUCACCUGAAUGAAGAAGGUAUUUUAGAGCUUCAAGUACAUUGUAUUUAGGAAGGAAUCCGUUGACAUCAUAAACCCUCAAGAAACAUGAAUAACUUUUGGAAAGCAGUGACCGUCCUGUGUGCCUUCAUCGCCGCAGCACAAUCCCUGACCUGUCGUCGCUGCCCUGUUGGUAUAUUUGGGACGUGUCUUUUCGGAACUGACGUCCAGUGUAAUAAUGCGACUGAGAGCUGCUUCACCGGAGAAGCACAGUUCAAUGCGACAGGGUCGCUGACCCUGCACAUCCGUGGCUGCCUGGACACAGACCUGUGUGAGAGGACGCUGACCGGCGACAUCCUGGGUGCCGGUUACACCAGCAGCUUCACGUGUUGCAGAACAAACCUGUGCAACGGAGCCACUUCAGUCCAGCUCUCUCUGACUGUGGCCCUCUGCGCUGCCAUCCUGUCCUCUCUCUGGGGCUUUUGGGAGUUGUAGUUUUACAUGAUUUACAUGCCUCAGAUACUAAUUGCACUUAUUCUGUUGUUACGAAGGGAUCAUUAUAAAUCAGAAUACUUUACUAUGUGCUAUAAUUUGUCCUAUUUAGCCUACCAUGCAUUGAAGAGAUCACUUUAAAAUCCAUGAAACCCCAUUAAAAUAAAUCCUGACCUGUUCUUCUG